UUUCCAUCCAUCGAAGAAGAAUGGAAUUUUGUGAGGACCAAUGAAUAUUAAAUGCUUGCUUUCUAUUCAAAUUCAAACUUUAUGAUCAUCACUCCUCCUCACAUCCACCAAUUCUAGCGACAGAGAAUCAAUUGGAGAAAUGGGAAGAUCGUUUGAUUAUGUGAUACUAGGUGGAGGUGUCGCCGCCGGUUAUGCAGCUCUUGAAUUCACUAAGAAAGGUGUCUCCCAUGGUGAACUCUGUAUCAUCUCCGACGAACCUGUGGCUCCGUAUGAGAGACCUGCACUCAGCAAAGCUUUUCUACUUCCAGAAGCCCCUGCACGCCUCCCCGGAUUUCAUACGUGUGUAGGUGCCAAUGAAGAGAGGUUGACACCAAAGUGGUACGAAGAACAUGGAAUUGAACUGAUAUUGGGAAUUCGAGUUAAGUCCGCGGAUGUGAGGGGUAAGACGCUAUCGACAAUAACGGGAGAGACCAUUACCUAUAAAUAUCUCAUCAUUGCAACCGGUGCUCGGGCUUUGAAACUCGAAGAGAUUGGCAUAAAUGGAUCAAAUGCUGAAAACGUAUGUUAUUUGCGUGAUUUGGAUGAUGCAACGAAGCUCGUGAACACGAUGCGGACCUGUAAUGGUGGAAACGCUAUCGUUAUCGGAGGUGGUUACAUUGGAAUGGAGUGUGCUGCUUCCUUGGUUAUAAACAAGAUCAAUGUUUCCAUGGUGUUCCCUGGCUCAUAUUGCAUGGGUCGUUUAUUCACCCCGAAGAUCGCGAGCUACUACGAAGAUGUUUACAAGUCGAAAGGGGUAAAUUUCAUCAAAGGCACAUCCUUAACAUCGUUUGUUUUCAACUCCGAAGGGAAGGUUAGCGGAGCUAAUCUCAAGGACGGACGCUACCUUCCAGUGGACAUGGUUGUUGUAGGAAUCGGAGCCCGUCCCAAUACAAACCUCUUCGAAAACCAACUCACUUUCGAGAAUGGUGGAAUCAAGGUAAACAGUCGAUUGCAAUCAAGUAACACCUCGGUUUAUGCAGUUGGAGACGUUGCAUCAUUUCCCAUUAAGCUAUUUGGUGACACCCAUAGACUCGAGCACGUUGAUGCCGCCCGUAAAUCCGCUAGGCAUGCCGUCUCAGCAAUAAUGGAACCAAAUAACACAACGGAAUUCGACUACUUGCCGUUCUUCUAUUCUCGGGUGUUCUCGUUAUCUUGGCAGUUUUACGGAGAUAAUGCUGGGGAAGUCGUUCAUUUUGGUGAUUUUUCCGGAACUAGAUUUGGAGCAUAUUGGGUGAAUAACGGGCGGUUAGUCGGGUGUUUUCUUGAAGGCGGAGAUAAGGAAGAUUACGAUGCUAUAGCUAAUGUGAUCAGGGUUAAACCAGCUGUGGCGGAUUUGGGUGAGCUUGAAAGGCGGGGUGUGGAGUUCGCGGUGGGAGUUAGCCAGAAACUGCCUGUGGCUACGGUGGUUCAUGGUGGUGGUUUGUAUGCAAGUUUUGGCAUUGUGGUGGCUGCAUCAGUAGCUCUAUUUGCAUAUUGGUAUGUAAGAAAGUGGUCAUAG